CCACCUGCUUUGCGACGGCGAAUUUGAUGACCAAUAAUACCUGGCAUAUGCCAACCAGCAGAUGAAAAAGAGGAAAGCUGAUAGGAUCUGGAUCCUUACGAUACUUCCAAGCAGGUGUUCACUCAGCGUCGCCAUCCACAGCUCUCGAGGCAAGCGCCGUUAGACAUCAUGCGUGAGAUCGUCACUUUGCAGCUUGGCCAGCAGAGCAACUACCUGGGUACACAUUUUUGGAACACACAAGAGUCAUAUUUCACAUAUGGUGAGGAUGGCGAGACACCGGUGGACCAUGAUGUCCAUUUCAGACCGGGUAUUGGUGCCGACGGCACAGAGACAUAUAUGCCAAGGACAGUCAUAUAUGAUCUGAAAGGAGGCUUCGGGUCCAUGCGCAAGAUCAACGCGCUGUACGAAGCCGAAGGGGAGCCAACCGCUUUGUGGAAUGGACAACCGGUGGUGCAUAGACAACAGCCCAUUGAUCCCAGCGCCUACCAGGAGAGCCUCGAUACCGGAAAUGCAGCCCCUGAACUCACCACAAGCUCUGUCAGAUACUGGUCUGACUUCAGCCGUGUCUUUUACCACCCGAGGUCGAUAGUGCAGUUGAAUGAGUAUGAGCUAAAUUCCAGCCUGAUGCCUUUUGAGAAGUGGCACAUGGGCGAAGAGCUCUUUUCGUCGCUCGACAAGGAUCAUGAUAUACUUGAUCGGGAUCUACGACCCUUUGUUGAGGAAGCCGAUCAUAUGCAAGGUGUCCAGAUCAUGACCGGCAUCGAUGAUGCUUGGGGUGGCUUUGCUGCCAAGUACCUGGAGCGCCUGCGAGACGAGUAUGGAAAGGUUCCCAUUUGGGUCUGGGGGCUUCAAGAGCCAACAUCCGGGGUACCGCGGGAAAAACGCCUGCUGCGACUGGUCAACAAAGCACGAGCCAUUGCCGAUAUGUACUCGCAAGCAUCACUCAUCAUCCCCCUUGCCGUGCCUUCGAGACUCCCUUCGGGCGUGUCGUUGGAUAGAUCUUCGCCUUGGCACGUUGCAGGCCUCUUCAAUGCAGCAAUGGAGAGCACUUCUCUCUUCACCCGCUUGAAGGCGAACGACCAAGUGAACAGCAUUAGUAUGGGCCAUGCAACUGACCUCUUGAACGUCUUCGGGAAACAGACGCUCGCCAAUCUUCAAUUCAGCAUGGUUGAACCUCCCAAGGCUGCCCAGAAUGGCACAAAUGGAGCUAUGCAGUUGCCUACAGGAAGAGGCGAAUUAUAUGGCCGCAUCAACGCCCUGGAAUUUGAAGAUCAGUCAGACUCAGGGGCUCAAAAUGAAGUGUCUGCUUUGGACAUCGACCUUUCCACAAUUGAAGAAGGCAUCACUUCGUCCGCAAGCUCCAGACGUCGACGGAGACCGCAUCUUUUCUCGCAAUUGGCCACUGCACGAGGGGAGGCCGCCUUGAAGGGCUUCCAAGAGGAGGAGCCUUCUGAUGAGUAUAGGAGGUACGAGCGGCCGAAGACGCAUAAGUAUGUAUAUGAAUACUUGAAAUCCGCUGCUGGCACAUUUGGUUUUACGGUGCAGAAAUUUUACUUACAGUUCACUAGGUUCCAAUCUGAACUCAUGUAUCCAAUGCUGGACAGCUACCCCCGCAUCUUCCGGGAUAGAGAGCAAAAUUCGAUCAGGAAUCCACUGUCUAUGCGCACAGUACUUUCAACGGACUCGUCCGUCACCGACAAGAUGAAGGGCCUGAGGACAACUGUGCUGAGAUCGAUUAGCGUGGAAGAUCGGGAGGAUGUUGGCAAUGAGCUUGCUGAGAUAUCGGAAGGUUAUAAAGAGGGCUUCUCGAGCGGUAGUGAUGAUGACGACGACGAUGAGUGAUUCAAGAUUAGGAAAGGUAUAUAUUGUAUCUCGGUCACUUGGCUGGAGAUAUCGCUCGACCAAAAGUUUCACGGUUACAGUUGGUACAUGAUGUCCAAAUAACGCAAAUACCUUGUCUAGGGCUCGAGACUGCAUUAGGAAGUAAGUGUCAUCAUGAGCACUUGGAAUUUGUCCUGACAAAAUGGCAAAAAGUAAGGAAAUAAAAAUAAAAAUCUUUUACGCAAA